AUGAGCUCAGACGGGGCGCCCGGCCCUUCGCCGGCGGGCGCAGGCGGGUUCCUCCUGGGGUCGGCCCGCAAGCCCCCGAAACCGCAGGAUGGCUCCGACUCGUCGUCCGCGCCGUCGUGGAUGAAGAUCACGCCGGCGAAGAAGGUCGUCGAGGAGCUGUCGGACGACUCGUUCGACGCAGCGCCGCCCGCCAAGGCCGCAUCGCCGCCCCGCAGGCAGGCCGGCAAGGUGUUCACGCUCGACACGUCCAGCGAGGACGACGAGGUCCUGGCCGCUCGGCCCGCGGCGAAGAAGGUUGGCGCACCGAGCACCGGCAAGGCAAAGAGCUCUGCUCCCGAGGGGGCUGCCAGGAAGGCGGGCGCGAAGCCGCCGGGCCCGCCGAAGGGCAAGGGGAAGGGCGAGGGGGGCAGUGGCAAGGCCGGGCCGGCGGGCGAGGACGGGAAGGUGGCGAGGAGCGGCGCGGAGGUGGAGGUGUGUCUGCCUGACAAGGUGGCACGUGACAAGAUACUGGUCGAGGUGCCGGAGGACGCGAUGGGCCUGACGGACAUGUCCGGCGACGUGGGCGCCGUGGGGAGGCUGCUGACGAGGCCUGGCGCGGACGGGCGUGGCGCGGAGCUGCGCCUGGACCUCAAGGGGAUCGAGUACGGCGCCGCGGUGGUCCCGAUGGCGACGACGGUGCUCGUGGUCGCGACGGGCGCGCAGGGGGGCGCGGGGAAGGUCGAGGCGCUGUUCAGCGACUUUCUGCAGCUGCGGGAGGAGCGCAACAUGUACGCCGAGAAGGAGUGGCGGGAGGGCGGGGACGCGGACUGGACGGACGACGACUCCGAGGGCUAUGCCGCAGCGGCGGACCCGGACGGCGGCGACGGGGCGAAGAAGGGCAAGAAGGCAAAAGGAAAGGCCAAGCCGCGGGCGGGCGCGGGCGGCAAGGCCAAGCCCGCUGCGCGGAAGAAGGCGACGGGCGCCAAGGGCGGCGUCGCGAAGCGCCAGGGCGGCGGGAAGGGUCGCGGGGCGGGCAAGGGGCGAGGCAAGUAG